AUGGCGCAGAACAUGUAUCGUGUUGGCGACUAUGUUUAUUUUGAAACAUCUAGUUCAGCCCCCUAUCAGAUAAGGAAGAUAGAGGAAUUGAAUAAAGUGAGCGUUUCUUAUGCAGCAAGUUUUAAUCGUUUUCAGACAAGCGCUGGUAAUGUCGAAGCAAAAGUAUUAUGUUACUACAGACGACGGGAAAUUCCAAAAGCUCUUCUGAAGAUUGCCGACAGAGCAGAACGAAUCGAUGACAGAAGUUUGAUUAAUACUAGACGUCACAUAAAUAUGAACACCGCAAGAGCUGCAAAAUUGAAUGGUGACGUAAAAAACGAAGCUUUAAGCGACGAGGAAAGUACCUCUCGAAAUGAAAGCGACGAAAAAAAUGCUGCUUCAGCAACUUCUACUCAGCGGGAAGACAGCGAGUCACCUAAACCUAUGCAAGUUGACACAGGCGAUGAUGAGAACGAUGAAGGGAAAGGAGAGAAACCUAAAGCAGAAACUAGUCGUGAUGGUGAAAACGAAGAAGAGGAAGAAGAGGACUUAGUGGAAGGUGGUUAUGGAUUAGGGGGUCUACCAAAAGGGUCUGAAGUUCUCUCACCACGAGAGAGGCAUCAUCUCCGGCAGCAUGAAUUGUUUUUGUCACGGCAAAUAGAAUCGUUGCCAGCAACUCAUAUUAGAGGGAAAUGUUCAGUGACGCUGUUAAGUGAAGUGGAGACUCCUGAUAUCUAUCUUGGCAGAGAAGAUGCAUUUUUUUAUUCUCUUGUUUACGACCAGUCUGCUAUGACGCUGUUGGCAGAUAAAGGCGAAAUAAGAGUUGGAGAAAAAUUUCAAUGUGAAGUACCUGAUGAUUUGGACCCAGAAGCACUUGCCGACAGUGAAAAGAAAGUUAACGGAAAUCUAGUUAUUGCGGAGAAUGAUCACGAAGAACCCGUCAUUAGCACUACUGAAAGAGAAGUUCUUGUGUAUCACCCAUUUCAUAAUCUCACCGACCGUGACAUUGACCAAUUUCUGAUUAUUGCUAGAGCCGUAGGGACGUUUUCUCGUGCGUUAGACACAUCUUCUUCUGUUAAACUACCUUCUUUACACAUGACAGCUGCCGCUGCCAGCAGGGAUGUGACGCUUUUGCACGCGAUGGCUCUCUUACAUCAGGCCAAUUAUGAUUUAGGCCAGGCUGUUAAAUAUCUCGUUCCACCUCCAAGUAAACAGCAUUACCCACUGGAUGCAGAUAAAACUACUUCGCAUAAUACUGUUAGUUUAGGAGGACCAAUUUUGUGCAGAGAUCAAAUGGAAGAGUGGUCUGCAGCGGAAGCAAAUUUAUUUGAAGAAGCUAUAGAAAAAUAUCAGAAAGACUUUAACGACAUCCGUGCGGACUUUCUUCCGUGGAAAUCUAUUCGAGAUAUUAUUGAAUAUUAUUAUAUGUGGAAAACAACAAAUCGCUAUGUUGAGUUGAAGAAAAGUAAAGCAAUUGACCAAGAAAGCAAGCUUAAGCAGGUAUAUAUCCCAAAUUAUAAUAAACCAAAUCCAAACCUGGUUGGCCCACCGAAUGCGAGCGGACAGCCACUGAAGGGAACCACUCCUUGUGAAAGCUGUCAAACUUUGGAAGCAAUGCAGUGGUACGGUUGGGGCCCAGCACAAAUGCAAAUGCGACUGUGUUCUGAUUGUUGGACGUGGUGGAAGAAAAACGGAGGGUUGAAGCGUGUUCAUAAAUUUGAGGCUUAUGAUUUGGAUGGCACCACUAGUCAGGAUUUAUUGAAUUCUGGACAACAAACUGCUACUCAGAAAGCUCAGACAGCUGCGUGUGUGAGUACUGGUGCGUUGAUUCGUGGUGCGACAGCAACAGUUACUGCGACCGCGCGUAAUGGAGGGAUUGUUGGGAGACCCUCGGGCGGUCACGUCAUAGCUCGUCUUCCACAGCAACAGCUGGGUCAGCAAAAGACAUCAUCUGGAGGAAAUUUACAGGUUCCUGGCGCUCCUAAAACAAGAGUGGCUUUCUUUUUACAUACAACGUUACCUAUACGAAUUGCUCGACGACUAGCGCCAAAAAAUUUGCUGAAUAUUCGUCGUUCCGCUCGCCGUCCAUUUCUUCCUAUCAAUGCUCAAGCAAUCAAGCAGCACUGUGCGACUCGACAGCCUAUCGAAAUAAUGCGGGCCGCCAAGCAGUUGAAGCGAAAUAAGUUGUCAGAUGUAAUGCUCGCUCAAAUAGCUGCAGCUUUAACUUCAAAUGGAAAUCUUGCAUCACAGCAAACAGCAGGUCUAAAACGCCCUUUAUCUGGCGUGGAGAAAGGUCAUGUACCAGCUAAACGGCAGGGGUUGAGUUCAGCGAUUCAGCACACGCAAUCUUCGCAGUCUCAGUUCACAAAUUCCCAAGCAGCUGCCAUAGCAUCUAUUCAUCCGCAGCCGUCAGCAGCAACUGUACAUCAGUCGCAUGGGCAGCAUACAACACCAUCUACGUCCAAGAAGUCUCAUUCAUCAGUGCCGAAAUCCACUGGUCGUGGAAGUGAUGUAAAGCAGUCGUUAACACCUAUGGUCUCCUUACCUACUGUUCCUCUUAUGGUCCCGCCUAAUUUUGCAGCAAUAGUUGCUAAUGCUGCACUCCUAAGUCAGCAACAACUCCCACGUCAGUUUGCCGCAGCCGCAGCUGCCGCUGCGCCUCUCAAACAACCUGGAACCAACAGCUCUUUAGUAGGAAAUAGAGAGGUUGCUUCAGUUCCGUCAACAAGGAGACAACCGGACAGUCGGUAUGUUGGAGUUGAUGAGAAGCUGUUGUUCCUCGCGGGGCCGCGAUUAAAAGCAUUAAGAAAGCGGAUAUACACGAAACGGACGGCCCGAAGGAUUGCUUUGCACCCGUGUAGCAAUAGCGAUUUUAUAAAUAAGCAGUUACCGAACUUGCAAAAUCUGUUCACUUAG